AUGUGAACAAUCAGAACUUGCAAUGACUAACGAGAAAUGGAGUGAGUGGACCUUUAUGGAAUUUGUACAUGCCCUAGAACUUUGGACAAAGAACAAUCCAAUUAAAGAAACACCUGGUUCAAAACAUCAUAAGGAGCGAGACAGAUCUUACUUCUCCAAGAAUAACGAUAAUAACAAUAAGGGCUGUUUAUACUGUUCAAAUGAGAGUCAUAAAGCUAUCCGUUGUACUCUCAUGUCACCUG